AUGUCGUCAUCGCGCCAGAAGGUCCUAACAAAAAGACGUCCGAGGAAGGCGCUGACCAAGAUGGAUAUCCCAAUUUUGCGGUUCUCCAAAGAUGCAAACGGUAAUUGGUCGGUGAAGAAGAUUCCACGCUCCAUGGCUACCCCAAGCGGCCAAAAGAUCCGUAAGAGUGCGAAGAGAAAGUACGUCGAUGAAGACACCGUUGAUGACGACACGGAUUCCGGCAUCGUUCCGGUGGCAAUUCCGAAAGGAAAGGAGCGGGAUCCUGAGUUCAACGCUUCUCGGCCCCAGAAAUUGAUGGAUUUAGACGAGGAAAGUCAGCAAAACGGAAAGGAGAGCAACGAUGGUAACGUUAUCGAGCAGACUCAUUACAUCGUUGUUCCGAGCUAUUCUUCAUGGUUCGAUUACAACUCCAUUCACCAACUCGAGAAGCGUGGCCUUCCGGAAUUCUUCAAUGGCAAGAACAAAAGCAAGACUCCUGAAGUCUAUGUGGCAUACCGGAACUUCAUGAUCGAUACCUACCGGCUGACUCCCUUCGAAUACAUGACUGCUACCUCAGUGCGCCGUAACCUUGCCGGUGAUAUUUGCUCGAUCCUCCGCAUUCAUCAGUUUUUGGAACAAUGGGGUUUGAUAAACAACCAGAUUGAAUCCGAUUGUCGCCCAAAGCCGAUCGGUCCUCCACCAACCUCGCACUUUAUGGUACUUGCUGACACGCCCAUGGGCCUGCAACCAAUUCAACCAUUGCCACCGACUUUCAACCCUGAGGCUGUGAAAGCGGAGAAGCCAGAAGAAGGACAGGUCAAUGGCACCGAGAAGCACAUUGCUGACGUCACCAACAAGACCGACAAAUAUGCGAAGCAGCUGGCUGCUAUGGGUGCUAAAGGUGCUGUUCCUGGGCGUGAAUGGACUGAACAAGAAUCGUUGUUGCUGCUCGAGGGCUUGGAAAUGUUCAAGGAUGACUGGAACAAGGUUGCCGACCACGUUGGUACGCGUGACCAACACGAGUGCAUCAUGCACUUCCUGAAGAUGCCGAUCCAAGACCCAUAUCUGAAAGAAGAAGGCGACUCUAACGGCAGCGUUCUCGGACCUCUAGCUUUCCAGCCCGUUCCGUUCUCCCAGAGUGGCAACCCAGUGAUGUCAACUGUCGCAUUCUUGGCCUCUGUGGUCGACCCGCGGGUUGCUUCUGCAGCCACGAAGGCCGCUCUUACCGAAAUCGGCAGAAUGAAGGAUGAGGUUCCACCUCUCGUUCUCGAAGCGCACGUGAAGAACGUCACCGAGCACUAUAAGAAGACCGGCAAAAUCGAUGGGAAGGUCGGAUUGGCCAAAAGCGGCAUUGCUGAUGACGCCCUGGUUGAGCCCAAGCCGGAAGGGUCGGGUGAUGAAGGUGAUGUCAAGGCCUUGGCGACAGAAGCAAUUGGCGAGACUGUUCAAACGGCUGCUGCGGCGGCACUCGGCGCGGCUGCUGCAAAGGCCAAGCACCUGGCCCAACUUGAGGAGCGCCGCAUCAAGUCUCUGGUUGCCCAGCUUGUUGAGACACAAAUGAGGAAGUUGGAAAAGAAGCUGCAACACUUUGAAGAGCUCGAAACUAUCAUGGACAAGGAACGCGAAGCGCUUGAACACCAGCGCCAGCAGUUGAUCCUCGAGCGGCAGGCUUUCCACAUGGAUCAGCUUCGAUAUCUGGAGAAUCGGGCGAAACACGAGACUCACAACAAGCUGCAGUCCGCGGGUGCUCUUCCCGCCGGAUUACCUCCCGGCUUCGAAGUAACUGGACCUCCUCAGCCAACUCCGCAAAUCCAAGUGGCUGCUCCACCAAGCCAGGCUGAAACGAUGCAGCCUGCUCCCACCGUGACCCCGGCCAGUGUCUCUGUCAAUGCGACCAUCAGCCAGCCCGCUCCACAGCAGCCACCACAAUACUCUGCGGCUCCGGUCGUUCAGCCGCCUCCCGGUGCCCCAGCUCCUGCUCCAAAUGCUGCUUACCAACCUACAACUGGGCCUGCUCCACAGUAUCAAGGAUAUCCCCCGCAGCCAGGCGCUUAUCCAGGCUAUGGUGCACCACCUCCCGGGCAAUAUCCACCCGGCUAUCGCCCUCCACCUGGUGCCCAGUAUCCACCUCAAGCCGGCUACCCAGCUCAGGGCCGUUAUCCACCGCAGGGCUACCCGCCACAGGGCGCCCCCGUCCAACAACCGCGUCCCGGCUACCCACCGCAGCAGUACCCGUAUCCCCCGCAAGGUUAUCCUGGAUAUCCACAGGGACAGGCCCCACCACAAGUUCAACAGCAGUUUGCCGGGCAGUCGAUUGUUGACAACGCCGAGGCCGCGACGCCUCCUAUGCACCAAGGUGCUCCGAUGGACACCAGCGGCCCGCUUUCGAAGCAAGAC